AAUUUUUAUUAUGAUUGGAUUAGCACUGUUUCUGCUGUGUGUAUAAGCUCGUUUUAUUUUGAAGGUUAAGGAGUAGUUGAUCUUACCGAUCGGGCUAUUAUCACGUCGCUGUUCUGUUUACUUGUGAAUCGCGAACAGGGUGCAGCACAAUGUGCAAGGCGCUACGUCAAUUGCAUGUGGGUGGUUGUUAUUACAUAUGUGUAAAAUGUGCCGGGAUUUUGCCACGAGGCCUGUUGUCAGCAGUUUUAAUUAAAACGUUUUUGCCAGCUCUAUAGUUUGGUGAAUACGCCGUGGAAUUUUAAUAAUAUACAAGGUAUCAUGUGUGGUAUUUGGGCAUUAUUUGGGAUGGAAACCCAUACUUCAGUUCAUUCUAACACUUCAUUUAGUAAAAUUUCUCAUCGGGGCCCAGAUGCAUGGAGGAUAGAAUUUGACAAGAAAGUUAAGAAUUCCGUUGUCGGUUUUCAUCGCCUGGAGAUUGUGGACUCACUGUAUGGGAUGCAACCCAUGAAAUUGCAUCAGUAUCCUCAUCUUUCGCUACUCUGCAAUGGUGAGAUCUAUAACUGCAAGAGGCUGAAGGAGGAGUAUGGAUUCAAGUACGAGACAAACUGUGAUGUGGAGUGUAUCCUGCAUCUCUAUGCUACUGGUGGCAUAGAGCACUGUGCUCAGAGUUUGGAUGGUGUGUUUGUGUUCUGUAUUGUGGAUUCUGCCAAGCAGCAUUUGUAUCUCGGUCGUGACCCUUAUGGCGUUCGACCCCUGUUUCGCCUGCUCAGUAAGACCGGAAUUCUGGGCAUCUGCUCGGAAGCGAAAGGUUUGAUUGACCUGGAACAUGAGGUGAACGGGGAAAUUCCGAAUCUCGAGCCGUUUCCACCUGGCUGUGUGGAAGAUUAUGAGAUCAAUGAGACCGGCAGAACAACCUUCGUAAUGAAGAAAGCAUUCUACAGCAUUGGAAAUAAACCUUACUUCAAGCCCCUCAUUCCAUAUGAAUCUCUUUCCAUCAAUGAUGUUCAUGCCAACAUUCGGACACUGCUGACUGCUGCAGUCAGGAAGCGCCUCAUGGCUGACCGACGAAUAGGUUGCUUGUUGUCUGGGGGCCUGGAUUCAAGCCUUGUGGCUGCUUUGCUGGUGAAGUUAGCCAAGGAUGAAAAUCUGCCGUACAAAAUCCAGUCAUUUGCAGUUGGCAUGGGAAACAGUCCGGACAUUGAGGCAGCACGAGUCGUAGCGAAUCAUAUUGGAACAGAACAUCAUGAGGUGAUCUUCACAGAACAGGAUGUGAUGAGUGUCCUGGACAAAGUGAUAUACCAUCUGGAAACACCUGACAUCACAACUGUCAGAGCAUCUAUUGGAAUGUAUCUGAUAUCACGUUACAUUAAGCAGAACACAGACACAACGGUGGUGUUUAGCGGGGAGGGUGCUGAUGAGGUGGCGCAGGGCUACAUCUACUUCAGGGAUGCCCCAUCUGCAGAUGCAGCUCACAGUGAUAGUCUCCGUCUGCUGAAGGACAUUUACUUAUUUGAUGGGCUUAGAGCUGAUCGCACCACGGCAGCACACGGUUUGGAGCUGCGUGUACCAUUCCUUGACCUUCAGUUCACAAACUACUACUUGGGACUACCAGCAGCCACACGACAGCCACAGGGAGGCGUCGAGAAGCAUCUACUGCGCUCUGCAUUUGACUCAACGGAUCUACUGCCCAAGUCCAUCCUGUGGCGGCACAAGGAGGCAUUCAGUGAUGGGGUGGCUUCAGCAAAGAAGUCACUGUUCCAAGUGAUCCAGGAGCUGGUGGACUCUCGUCUGGGUAACGAUACUCUGGAAAAGGCUUCCGAAAAGUUCCCACACUGCACACCAACCACUAAAGAAUCUUUUUAUUACAGGGAGGUGUUUGAGAAGAACUUCCCAAAGCAGAGUCAUUUUUUGCCUUAUUUCUGGAUGCCACAGUGGACUGACGUGAAGGAUCCCUCAGCGAGGUUCAUCAGCCAUUAUGCAGCAGAUAAGCAGCAGCUGGGUGGAAUGUAGGGAUGUGCAGACGGGUCAGAUUCAGAUUGUUCGUGGACUUUUUGUGCGGUUGCUUUUGCUUUGGUUUUGGAUGUUUGAAACAGUGCAAUUCAUACCUAUUCACAUGUAUAUCAGCUUGGCACUGUACAGUGAGGCAGUUCACAAGUUGAUCGUUGAGCAUCCAUUCUACUUUGUUUUCCCAUCUACACAUAGCUCUUCCAAGUUGUCUCUUUCCACAAGAUUUUUCAACCAAAAUUACAAAAAAAAAAUUAAAAGGAAAGUAACAUUUAAGGCGAGUACAACUGGAUAUUUGAGUGUUUGCACAUCUCUAGGAGAGGAUCGGAUUCUAGUACAUCAUGAUUUUCUGAAUAAAGAAGUGGUCUUCUUGUGAAAAGUAUCACAAAAUGAAGCCAAGACUACAUAUCAGGUAUGUAGAUUGUUAUUUGUUGUGCCAAGGGUUGUGUGUUUAUAUGCCGAACAUGCAUAAAAUGUUUGAAGUUU